AUGUACGCGUCAGGAUCUGGACUAUAUGGUGACCAGAUUAAUGCCGGAUUGGUCGAUAUGAUGGACACCUUUUUUCCCGCAGACCAAAUCACAGACAAUGACUACAGUGCUCUCCCGGUGCCUCUCGCCUCGGCCUUUCGUGGAUGGGAUUCCAUGGAGCGCACAAAUGAGUCAAAUGAGUUGCAAGACGCGUCCUGUUGCUCUGUAGAAGGGAAUCCGUCCCUAGGCUCAUUCGACCAGAUGAACUCGAGUCUACCGGGUUCACGCUCGACUCAAGACGGUGGACCGCCAACAGCCGCCGCCGCCGCCGCCGCCGGCCAAGACAAGGAUGAGCGAAGACUUCUUUGGAAUGUUUACACAUCCCAGCUUGUGCACAGCAUCACUGCUCAUCAGACAGAUAUAGCCAAUCCUCUUAUUGACUAUCUUCUGCCGCGCGCUCUGGAAAGCUCGUCAUUCCGAUCUGCAAUACUGUAUCUUGCUUUCGUAAUGCGAUCGAACCAAAGCAGUACCAAUCCUUCACAGUACAAUACGCAGACAUCGUUGGGACAGAGAAACCUUCCAGAGUCAAGCUUGGGCGCUCACCUGGAGAACGAGGCGUUGUCGGAGGCUCUGCCGAAAGCGAAUCCGCCAUUAUCAGAUAGUCAUUCUCGCGGGCCCACGGAUGCCAAUACGUCCCUCAACACCUUGGCUACUUUGGUCAUACUCUGCACCGCUUACGUAGCGUCAGGCAAUUCGCGGUCCUUGCUAGUGUGCUUGGAGCAAGCCUUUCUCCUAACAAAGAUGCUUUCGAACGACUUCUGCUCUAACGAAGAGUUUGUUUUCCUUGUCCACUAUCUUGGCUACAUACACACCAUUGCAAUGCUUAGUCCUGGAGAAUACAGGCUCAACGCCCCUGACUUUCUGACAAUUUUUUCGAAGUCCGGAAUUAAUCAGCAAGGAGACUUGUUGAAGAACGACCCCAAUGCGACCUUCACGCCCAAAAUAUCGCUUGCGAGUGGUGAUUUCAACGCAGACGCACGUAGCCAACGACUAGAAAAGCUAGCGGUCGAAAAGAUACAACGGGAAAUCCAAUCAUCUUGCUUUGGGGAUAUCACACCUACCACGGGAAUUUCAAACUCGGUCGCCAGUCUGCUAUACCAUGUUGGACGUUUGAGUCGUUUGAAGGGAGUCAUCCUCAGCAGCCAGCCAGCGAACGAAAACCAGUGGUUCUGGGGGGCCUUCGAAGCCGAUGUGGAAGGUCUUGAACUCCGGUUAGGGCAGAUGUUACGACAUAGAGACAGCCAAAGCCGGAUCCUUGAGACGUUUGUUCAGAAGCUGAAACUUCUCAGCGAUGAGCACAAAGAUAGUCAAUUACAACAGGCUAUCGACAAGACCCGGUACAACGAUGCAUUGGUUCUCUGCGUGCGGGUCAUAUUGUUGGCAAAGGUUCAAAAUAUAAACAGCCGAGAUAUAAGGAUUCCGGCCUUGACGCAACGGAUCCUCAGCCUGUGUUCUCUCAUAGAGAACGAGUCCCACACGGCUGGACUACUAGUCUUCCCAUUGUACACUGCAGGCCUGUAUACGCAUGAUCCAGACGCACGUUCGUUCAUCAAGCAGAGGCUCAAGUUGUUGUCUGGUCGUAUUGUGACCGAUACGGAGAAGCUGUCUCAGAACCUAGAGACGAGUUGGCAGAACGCAAGUGACGAGGCAGCUUACGAUCAAGAGCCUCUACUUGCUAGCAGCAAGGACAUCGAGCUGAAUGAAGCAAAUGCCUCAUGUUGCUCAGAUACAGCGCACAUGCAUUAG